AUGGCAUCAUCCGCAAAGACAAUCAUUGUCGAGCAUCUCGACCCUGAGCUUGGUCCUUGGUCAGAGCUCGAGUACAAGUGCAUCGCCAAGGAAAGCUAUGAGAGACACAGUGACUUCAUCCUGUCCUGCCUUCCCGAUGGAUUCAAGGUCCCCGAGGCGCUAGCAAACAGCCCUGCGUUCAAGGCUGAGCACCGCGGCGUGGAGGAGCUUUAUGCGGACAGCAGAAACCGAGUCUGCCUGCUGGAUCCUGCGGCCGCCAAAGACCUGUCUCCGGAGGACGGCGAUAACUUUGAUGUCUUCCUGUUCGGUGGAAUCCUGGGUGAUGAUCCCCCGAGAGAUCGCACAUCGGAGCUCCGAAAGAAGGGAUUUGAGGGACGCCGUCUGGGUCCCAAGCAAAUGACAACUGACACUGCGGUUCGCGUCACGAGAAUCGUUGUUCAGGACAGGAUUGCCCUCGAUAAGAUCGAUUACGUUGACUUUCCGGAACUCAAGUUCAACAAAUACGAAAGCACAGAGAUGCCGUUCCGCUAUGUCAAGGACUCGGAUGGAGAGCCCAUCAUGCCAGAGGGUAUGAAGGAUCUGAUACGAAAAGACACAGAUAAGGCUGUAAAUGAUUUGAUCUAG